CUUCUUGACCUUGAAAGUCUUCGUGAUAUGUGUUUUUGAGAACAAUAAGUGUGCUUGUGAUAUGUUUUCUUGAGCACAAUAAGUGUGCUUGUGAUAUCAGGGAUGUUUUUUUGAGCACAAUAAGUAGGUCGUGUUGUCGUGCUAGCUUGUGUCUAAUAUUAUAACUGCAAAACUUGACCUAGACCUAAUGGAGAUCUUUUUCCACUUAUACUAAGUACCUACCAACUAUGACUAUGACUAGGACUACGAAUCUUCUUCUAUGAAGUUCUUAAAGAGGUCUUCAACUUUGUCUUUGUACAUCAUCUUCCAACUAAGAUCUAAGCUAGUUGAUAAUUCUAGUUGUUGUUGUUUUUUCUAUGUUGCAAACGACUUCAUGAAAUAAGAGCUAUUGACUCUUACUUCUAAGUACUUGUAAAUGAUUGAUAAUUCUCGGCCUCUGGCUUCGUGUCCAUCUCCUUGUUGUGCUAAUUUUUUCGAAAAAUACAACAACAACUUCGACAAGAUGAUGGUCCUACCAUUAACAUUAACGGAUCAAUACGAGCAAUCCACGCAAGAAGCCAUGUACAGUAGCUUUCAGUUCUUAAUCUUAAACACAAAAGAUGAUGCAGCAGUGGUGCCGAGAACAAAGCAAAGACUCAUCACCGGACGACGACUCUUCACUAGCACCAGCUCUUGAGGUGAGCCAAGACCGAGAAGCACCAAGGCCAAAUCCUUCUUUCAAAAUAACGAAAGUUGUACAGCAACUACUACUACUAGGACUACAGGAGCCGAAUCUCCAGCCGCCGCUGCCACCUACACUAGUAGUUGUACAUCAAGAACAACUUCACGCAGAAUUACAACGAAAACGUUUCUCAACAAUUUUAAGUAGGAAUUUUUACAUAGAAGAAGUAACACGAGCAGGACUACGACAGGA